CAACUUUGGUUGGACAACCCAAAGAUUCAGCUGACAUUCGAGGCAACUCUUCAACAACUAGAAGCACCUUAUAACAGUGACACUGUGCUAGUUCACAGAGUGCAUAGCUAUCUAGAGCGUCAUGGCCUAAUCAACUUCGGUAUCUACAAAAGGGUAAAGCCUCUACCAACUAAGAAGACUGGCAAGGUGAUCAUUAUAGGUUCUGGAGUCUCUGGCUUGGCUGCAGCUCGCCAGUUGCAGAGUUUUGGGAUGGAUGUCACGCUUCUGGAAGCCAGGGAUCGUGUAGGAGGAAGAGUUGCUACAUUUCGCAAAGGAAACUAUGUUGCUGAUCUAGGAGCCAUGGUGGUAACAGGGCUGGGAGGGAAUCCAAUGGCUGUGGUCAGCAAACAAGUAAAUAUGGAACUGGCUAAGAUCAAACAAAAAUGCCCACUUUAUGAAGCCAAUGGACAAGCUGACACUGUCAAGGUUCCUAAAGAGAAAGAUGAAAUGGUGGAGCAGGAAUUCAACCGUUUGCUGGAGGCCACCUCCUAUCUCAGUCAUCAGCUGGACUUCAAUGUCCUCAAUAACAAGCCAGUCUCCUUAGGACAGGCUCUGGAAGUUGUCAUCCAAUUGCAAGAAAAGCAUGUGAAGGAUGAACAGAUUGGACAUUGGAAGAAGAUAGUAAAAACUCAAGAGGAGCUGAAAGAUCUCCUUAACAAGAUGGUGAAUUUAAAAGAGAAGAUUAAAGAGCUCCAUCAGCAGUAUAAGGAGGCAUCUGAAGUAAAACCACCUCGGGAUAUUACUGCGGAGUUCCUUGUGAAAAGCAAACACCGAGAUCUUACUGCUCUCUGCAAGGAGUAUGAUGAGUUGGCAGAAACACAAGGAAAGCUGGAAGAAAAGCUCCAAGAACUUGAAGCCAAUCCACCCAGUGAUGUUUAUUUAUCCUCAAGGGACAGACAGAUACUUGACUGGCAUUUUGCAAAUCUAGAAUUUGCUAAUGCCACACCGCUGUCUACACUUUCAUUGAAGCACUGGGACCAGGAUGAUGAUUUUGAAUUCACAGGCAGUCAUCUGACUGUGAGAAAUGGAUAUUCCUGUGUGCCUGUAGCCUUGGCAGAAGGGUUGGAUAUUAAAUUAAAUACAGCAGUUCGACAGGUUCGCUACACAGCUUCAGGAUGCGAAGUGAUAGCUGUGAACACCCGCUCCACUAGCCAGACUUUUAUUUAUAAAUGUGAUGCUGUCCUGUGCACUCUUCCCUUGGGAGUGUUGAAACAGCAACCACCUGCUGUACAGUUUGUGCCUCCUCUUCCUGAGUGGAAAACGUCUGCUGUGCAAAGAAUGGGAUUUGGCAAUCUUAACAAGGUGGUAUUAUGUUUUGACCGUGUCUUCUGGGAUCCAAGUGUCAAUUUGUUCGGUCAUGUUGGCAGCACUACUGCCAGCAGAGGAGAACUUUUUCUAUUCUGGAAUCUCUACAAAGCUCCAAUUCUCUUGGCCUUAGUAGCAGGAGAAGCAGCUGGGAUCAUGGAAAACAUCAGUGAUGAUGUCAUUGUUGGGCGCUGCCUUGCAAUUCUCAAAGGCAUCUUUGGCAGCAGUGCUGUCCCCCAGCCCAAGGAGACAGUGGUAUCUCGUUGGCGUGCUGACCCUUGGGCCCGGGGGUCCUAUUCUUAUGUAGCGGCUGGAUCGUCUGGAAAUGAUUAUGACUUGAUGGCUCAGCCAAUUACUCCAGGACCAGCCAUUCCAGGUGCUCCCCAGCCAAUUCCUCGCCUCUUCUUCGCAGGAGAACACACAAUUCGUAAUUACCCAGCAACGGUCCAUGGUGCUCUACUGAGUGGGCUGAGAGAAGCAGGGCGUAUUGCAGACCAGUUUCUUGGGGCCAUGUACACUCUGCCACGCCAAGCUACACCUGGUGUGCCCACACCACAGGCCCCUAGCAUGUAAGGGAGAUACAAGCUGCCCGACAGAGGAGUGAUGGAUUCAUAAUGCAUUUGCUGUGGACUUGUUUUUGGGAGCAAGAUGUCUUCGUAGUCUGUAGCAGUAGCCACUGAAAGCACUGUGCCAGAAGUCACUUAAUAGUCACCCCAUUGGAAUGGCCUUUAUGAAAUAUGAUGAAAUAUGAUCUGACUAUUGCCCAUGCACCUGGUAUACAGAUCCCUGUCUGUCUGUUUUUCCAAGUGUAUAUACAGUCUCUUACUGCCAAACUGGUCAGGAAUUCCUAUGGUAGUGCAAAUACAUUGGGAAUCCAAGCUCCUGGUGUUUAGUUGGAUUUCUUUUGGCACAUAAAGAACCUACUGGCGUGUUCACAGUUCAGUAAUUGCACAAAAGGUUUCAGACUCUAAUAGCUGGUUGUUGUUGGUAACAGUGUAGAAUUCGUCUCUUAUGUGGAUUUUUUUUGAUUGUUUGUUUUUGAAAAAAAUAAAGUUUUCACCGUGUUCCUCUC